AUGGAACAACAACAACAACAAUUAGAAAAUUAUGAGACUACCACUGAGGCACCAAAUGAAGAAUUAAAGGAAGUCUUUGAUAGACUGAAGACUCAUUUUCCUCCUGCAAAAGUGAAAAAAAUAAUGCAAACGGACGAUGAUAUAGGGAAAGUAUCUCAAGCCACCCCGGUUAUUGCCGGUAGAGCCCUGGAAUUUUUCAUAGCAUUACUCGUUAAGAAGAGCGGCGAUGUUGCCAGAAAGAACGGGACGAAGAGAAUAACGGCGGAUGUAUUAAAGCAAACAAUUCUCACAGACGAGAAGCUUGAUUUCUUAAGGGAGAAUGUUUGUGGAGAGGAAGAACCCACUACCGAGCCAAGCGUCUAG